AUGAUUCAGCAGUUAGGACCCGCAUCAUUAUUUUGUAGUUUUUCAUCUGCUGAAACAAAAUGGAAUCAUAAACUAAGAAUCCUUGGUAAGCUUGUUGAUCACAAAGAUUAUAGUGAUGAAGAAUUGGAUAAUUUAAAUUGGGAUGAAAAGUGUAGACUAAUUCAAAGUGACCCAGUAACUUGUGCAAGGCAUUUUGAUUACCAAUUUAAUGCUUUCUUAAAAGAUUUUUUAAUGAGUGAAAUUGCCCCAUUAGGGAAAUUAAAAGAUUGGUUUUACAGGGUUGAAUACCAACAGAGAGGCUUGCCUCACAUCCAUAUGCUCAUAUGGCUUGAAAAUGCACCUGUAUUUGGUGUUGAUAAAGAUGAAGAUGUAGUUAAUUUCAUUGACCAAAUAAUAACUUGUAGAAAGCCUGAUAAUGACACUGAAUUAUUUGAUCUUGUAAACAGACAAACUCAUAGACAUUCUCACACAUGCCGAAAAAAACCCAAAAAACUUUGUAGAUUUAAUUAUCCUCAGCUACCCAUGAGAUCAACACAGAUACUUCAUCCACUUGAUGACAAUACUUCUGACACUGUCAUAAGAGCCAGAAAAGAGUUGUGGAAAAAUAUUAAGAAUAAACUAAAUGAUUUAAAAGAGGGAGAAGACGUAACAUUUGAUCAACUUCUGAAAGAACUAGAUGUUUCAGAAUAUCAAUAUAUUCUUGCAAUUCGAUCAUCACUAAAUUGUCCAACAAUAUUUCUAAAAAGAAGUCCCAAUGAAUUAAGGAUUAAUAAUUAUAAUCCUGCUUGCCUCCAAGCGUGGAGAGCAAAUAUGGAUAUUCAAUUUGUGCUGGAUGUAUAUGCCUGUGCAAUGUAUAUUGUUUCCUAUAUUUCUAAAGCACAAAAAGGAAUGAGUGACUUGUUACGUAACGCAUGUGCUGAAGCUAAGGAAGGUAAUUCCACCAUCAAACAACAGGUUCGUGACAUUGGCAACAAGUUUUUAAACUCUGUUGAAAUAAGUGCACAAGAAGCAGUGUACAUCAUUCUGCAACUUCCCAUGAGAAAAUCUUCUCGAAAUGUUGUAUUCAUUAACACCUCUCCUCCAAAUGAUCGUGUUGAACUGUUGAAACCUCUCAGUGAGAUUGAGAAGAUGUCAGAUGAGUCUGAAGAAAUUCACUCUGGUGGACUUCUGAAACGAUAUGUAGAACGACCAGACAGUUUAAAUAAUAUUACAUUAGCUGACUGGGCAGCAUGGUACAACUCAUCUGGGCUGACCAAAUAUAAGAAAUCUGUUAAAAAAUCAGAUAUUGACAACCUUCCUUUGGAAGAUGAAGAUGAAAAUAAUGAUGAUGACCUAGGUGUUCAAAACACUGAAAGUUGUGUUUCAUCUAAAAAGUCGAUCAAAAAAAGGUCUCAUGCAAGAAUUAUCCGCAGUGUUUGGUUUAACAAAGAAUCUCAACCAGAAAAACAUUAUCGUGAGUUGAUCAUGCUUUUCGCUCGAUGGCGAAAUGAACAGGCUGAUUUAAUGGGAGCUUACUCUUCCUUUCAAGAACAUUACGAAGCUCGUCGUGAUGAGAUCAGUGAACAAAUGCAACAAUACGCGGUUUGUAGUGAAGACUUAAAUGAAAUUCAACAUCACUUACAAGAAUGUGAUGAUGAUGCGUAUGACACAAUAGCACCAGCUACACAAGACACUGAACGUCGGGAUGAGAACGAAGGUAAUACAGAUACACAUCCAGAUUUAAAUGAAACGUAUGAUGUUUCUGAAGACUUGGGUAUCCCAUCAAGGUUACCUAAUAAUGAACCACUUAUUUUAAAUGAAAUGGAAGAUAAUGAAUACCGACGUUUGGUCCAAAUGCUAAACAAGAAACAAAGGGAAUUUUUUUAUCAUGCUUUGCAUUUAAUGAAGAUAUCUGAUAAUCCAUUUUAUGCCUUUUUAAGUGGAAGUGGAGGGGUUGGUAAAUCUCACUUAAUUAAGUCAAUUUAUCAGGCUGCUUUAAAGCACUAUAACAAACGAGCUGGCGAGACUUUCGUCGCGUUCAAGUAUUAUUGCUUGCUCCAACAGGAAAAGCAGCUUAUCUAAUUAAAGGAAACACAAUCCAUAGUGCCUUAUCAAUUCCAGCGAGCCAAUCGCUUAAAAUUUAUAAACCACUGGACUCUGGUAGGUUGAACACUUUACGAUGUGAGCUGGGUGCAUUAAAGUUGAUAUUACUUGAUGAAAUAUCAAUGGUUGGAAACAGCAUGUUUACAGUUCAGUUAAAUAACCGUUUAAAAGAUUUAAAAGGAAGCAAAGACGACUUUGGUGGUGUUAGCAUCAUCACAAUCGGUGACUUAUUUCAAUUUAAACCUGUCAUGGAUGGCAUUGAUUAUGAAGAUGUCGGUAGAAAAACUCGUCAAGAAAACAGAACGCUUUAUGUCAGAGGAGUUCAAAGCACAUGGACACCAAUUAAACCUAUCACAACCCAAUUUCCAGUUGGUAGAACGAAGUCUGCUCAAGUUGUUAGGAAACAGUUUCCAUUGUGACCAGCAUCAGCAAAAACUGUUCAUAGAUCACAAGGUGAUACUCAAACACAAAUUGUUGUAAACCUAAACAGCAACAGAUCUUUUCCUCACAUUCAUUAUGUUGCUUUAAGUCGUGUUACAACAAUAGAAGGAUUAUACAUCACUGACUUAUGUGAAGACAAGAUAUCUGUUGAUCAAAGAGUUGUCAAGGAAAUGGAAAUCUUAAGAACCGAACAAAGUUUGAAUCUUUGUUUCAAACCACUUUAUAUGUUGGAUCAAUCUGAUUUGAAAGUUUGUUACCUCAAUGCAAGAUCUUUGCAUAAACACAUUGAAGAUGUUCGAAAAGAUAUUAAUUAUUCGUCUAUUGAUAUUGUGAUAUUUACUGAAACAAGAUUUAACUCCUCAGACACAGACGAUAUAUACAACAUUGAUGGCUACAGGUUGUUCAGAAAUGAUGUUUCCCAAGGUACGGGUCCAGGACGUCCAUACGGUGGAACAGCUGUUUAUAGCCGAGUCCCUUUGAAAGAAGGAUACCCUUAUGCUCACAACGUCAAUGGAAUCGAGUUUACAAUUAUUAAAACAGAAAGUAAUGCGCAUCUGAAUAUAAUUGGUGUAUAUCGUUCACCCAAUAUUGCUAUAUCACGUCUACUGUCUUCACUACGUAGUGUGCUUGAUGAAGAUUCUUCUGCACAAAACAUUAUAAUUGGAGAUUUCAAUGUCAACUGGAUGGUAGAAUCUGAUCGACAGUCACUGUACAAUUUGAUGGUUGUACAAAAUCAUUACAGGCAACUGAUAAAAGGCUUUACAACCGACAACAGAACGUUAAUUGAUCAUUUAUACACAAAUUUAAUUGAAGAGGAAAUUGAAGCUGGUAUUCUAGAAACUUACUUUAGUGAUCAUAAAGCAAUAUGGGCUUCUCUUAGGACAUAG